AUGGCAAGCUCGAGCAAACGUGUUGCUGUCAUCGGGGCAGGUAUCAGCGGCAUCGCUACUGCUGCACAUCUCAAGAAAGAAGGCAUAGAAGUGACUGUCUUCGAAAGAUCGAAUGCUGCAGGCGGUAUCUGGUUACUGGAAACCACAUUAAACCGCUUCCCGGCUGGUACCGAGGAUUUUGUCUCGCAUGGUGUCUUGAAAGACUACAUUCAGAAUACAGCUAUUGUAGCUGGAGUGCACGAGUCAACGAUCUACAACACGGAAGUGAAAAAGGUGUCAAAGUCCGGCAAUUUGUGGACUGUCGACACAACAACAUUAGCCAUCAAUAAAGAAGGAGUGACUUCACAAACCUCAGACGCAACUAUUGGAAACGACGCUGGCCAGACAGAGUACAACACUCGAAGAGCUACCGCAGUCCUACAGAAUAUCAAGGCAAGUCGAAAGAACUUUCUUCUCGUCGGCGGAAGUGUUUCAUCAACAGACAUAGCCCGCGAGCUUGGUCCAUUCGCAAGCAGAAUAUAUCAGAGUCAGCGACAUGGUGCAUUCGACUUGCCGGCCGGUCUACUACCCGACAACGGGUAUCGCGUUGAUGAGGUCAUAUCCUACGAUGUACCGACCGCGGAAGAAUACAGCCCCUUGAUCGCCUCCGCAGCGAUACCAGCUACCGUGACUCUGAAGUCAGGCCAGAAGCUUUGCGACAUCCAUCAUGUCAUACUUUGCACAGGCUAUCAUCUCACGCUCCCGUUCUUGCCACAACUUCACUCGGACGCAACCCCAGCCGAAUCAGCGGACGAACACGUCCUUGUCACAGAUGGCACGCAGUUUCACAACUUACACAAGGACAUUUUCUACAUUAGUGAUCCGUCGCUCGCUUUCGUCGGAGUCCCUUUCUUUACCGCUACAUUCACAUUGUUCGAAUUCCAAGCCAUGGCAGUGGCGAAGGUGUUCUCCGGACAAGCGAGGCUUCCUAGUGAAAAGGCCAUGCGAGCCGAGUAUUAUCGUCGACUGAAGACCAAAGGACAUGGUAAAGCGUUUCAUAGCUUACGCGAUAGAGAAGCAGAGUAUGUAAAUGAGCUUCUGGCUUGGGUGAACCAUGACUUGGAAGAAGCCGGUCGGCAAAAGCUUCUGGGUCACUCAGAGCAGUGGCACAUUGCUAGAGAAGCGCAGGUGCAAAGGAUGAAGUCUCUUCUUGGUACUGAAAGCCAUGAGAGAAGUUUCCAGAUCACAUGUCAGUAG